AUGCUUUCUGCUCGUUUUGACAAAGAGGCAAACGUUGAGUAUGCACGGAUGCUUGCGCGAGAACUCGCGGAAUUGCAGAUUCGUACUGUGAUGGUGAACACAGCCUCUGACUUUGGGGUUGCGACUGAUUAUUGCCUGGCAAAAGCAAGAAUCAUGGUGGCGCUCUGCACGUCGACAUAUGGACAGAAAACAACUGGCACCUACGAGACUUACAUGGAGCUGAAGUUUGCAAGGGAGCAUCCAUCACAGAUACAAAUCGUUCCUGUAAAGCUGUUCCCAGAGUAUCCGCCUGU